UUGGAGCAUUGUUUCUAUAAAAAGGGCGUCUGUGUGACACGAAGAUCCAUGAAACUAGCGUGUAGAAAGCAAAAUCUAAACCCUCUCUCAUUUCCAUUUCUGGGUUAAAUAGUCUAACUUAUACCUAACUUUAUAUUUUAGUUUGAUUUUCAUUUUGGUUUUUCUUUCUGUUUCUUAUAUGAAAGAUCUGCUUUCUUCAAUCAAAGCGAUACGGUUUACAUCUGUUUAAGUUUCUUGUUUUUUGUCUGUAAUUGUAUGAGAUCUCUCUAACUUCUUAAUGGAUCUUUGUUUGAACUUUCUCAAGUAAAUCUGGUAUAUACAGCUUUUAUUUUAUUGUUAAUUUGUUCUUACAAGUUUCAGGCUAUUGAUCGUGUUAUUAUAAGAUCAUCGCCGCUGUUUUCUUGUUGAAGAUUUGAACUCUGUGAUCAAUCUGACUAUGGAGGCAGUUCUGGUACCAUAUUCAUCAGUAGACCAAUCAGUCUCUCCCUACAAGAAAAUCAAAAGCCCAAGGAAAGGCGCUCGCGCUUUCAUUUCUAAGCCCUCCGAAAAUCUCUCCCCCACAAACAUCCUCCGUGGCGGUCUCUUGCUACACCGCCACCCACCUCCUCCGCUUUCAUCUUCCUAUCCCCCCUCAGCCUUCAGCCACCCAUUUCAACAACAUCAGCAACAACCGCCUCUUCUUCCUCUACCAACCACCAUAACCCACCAGUACUCUCUUCCUUCUCGAACCCGAAAGCCGAACAACAAACGCAGAGACCAGUCCCUGACGCCAAAGAAAUCAAAGCCCACAAAGAGAGAGGAUCCGAAUAAGCAAGAUUCGGCAUCGACAAGGCGAGCAGUUUCCGAGUGUUUGAUCGUGGCUUCGACUAAGCCGUUGGGGCCUGACCCGAGUGAUCUACCCAAGGAUGUUUCUCGGGUAUUCUCAUCAACGGCGGCGGGGGUUAAGAGUUUUGGAAAGGUCACUAUAGAAGAGUUGGAGAUGUUUUCGGGUACAGUGUUUAGUCUGGCUCCGCCACCGAGUAGCUUGCCGCUGCCCAAGUUUUCUCUGAGGCCAAAGCUUUGUUGCAACGCUGAGGCUGCCGGAAUCGAUGCCGGAGCCACUGAUAAUCUCCGGCGCAUGCUACGUCUCCUGUGAAGUUAUUGUUGUCAUUUUGGUUUGUCGUUUGGUCUUCUGUGUAAAUAAAAGCAUCAGCCUGGGUAGCUUUUGCUGAUUGUGCUGUAAUCUUUUUUCUUUUUCUUUUUCUGUUUUUUGAUGAAUUUGUGAUCACCACCUGUGUUUUUGAAUUGGGGUGCACAAAGAUACGACGAAGAUCGGGUCCUUGAAGUUGGGACUAGGAGAUUAAUCACCUAAGGAAUAAGGAUGGUCUAUUUUGUUUUUUCAGUUGAAUGUAUUAUUAUGUAUUUUUCCUUUUUGCAUGAAAUAAAGUAAGUAUUUUCUGAUCA